CGCGCUUUUCCUACUCGUCGUUGCCAGGCAGCCCAUCCAUCGUGUACGGUGAAGCGAGGGACUUUAGGGUUUCCGGAGAGGUAAUGUUGUUCUAUGGCUUCGGAUCCUUCGACUCGUCCAUCCAAGCGUAACAGGAAGGGCCAUGAUGAAGAGAGCGAGGAACGGAGCGCUGAGAAGGCUGGCGAGGGCUCACCUACAAGCGGGAAAUCUCCUCUAGUUGUGUUCGCCCAUGGCGCCGGGGCUCCAUCUAGUUCGGAAUGGAUGAUCAGGUGGAAGAAAAUGCUAGAAGAAGCAUUGGGAGCUGUUGAAGUGGUCACGUUUGAUUAUCCUUAUAUUUCUGGUGGAAAACGGAAAGCUCCUCCUAAAGCUGAAAAAUUAAUAGAUUAUCAUCUGGAGGUUAUAAAAUCUGCUUUGCUAAAACAUCCUGGGCAUCCUUUGGUCUUGGUUGGCAAAUCCAUGGGUUCCAGGGUCAGCUGCAUGGUUGCUAGUGCAGGAGAUGUUAGUAUUUCCGCAAUCGUUUGCUUGGGCUAUCCUUUGAAGGGUAUGAAUGGAUCAGUACGUGAUGAAACGUUGCUGAAGCUAACAAUUCCAACUAUGUUUGUGCAGGGAAGUAAAGAUAGUUUGUGUCCUCUGGACAAACUGGAAGCUACGAUCAAGAAAAUGAAAUGCAUGAGUAAUUUACAUGUCAUCGAUGGAGGCGAUCACUCUUUCAAGAUUGGAAAGAAGUUUCUAGAGUCUUCUGGGUCAAAUCAGGACGAAGCUGAAAGAAAUGCAGUGAAAGCAAUCCUAGAUUUUGUCAUUAGAGCCAUCAAGGGGAACUGAUUUGAAGGAUCUGUAGAAGUGGAGGUUAGCAAGUUUAACCUUGUAUUUUGUUUUUAAUAUAUAUCUUUUUGGCUUAUUAAACUUUCUUUGUGAUCUAUACCAAACAAAAAAAUGAUUUUGUCACCAUAGCUAUCAACUCCACUUUAUUUGUGAGGGUGAUACGUGUACUUUCUUUUUUGAUAUGGAUGAUGAAUAGAAGAGAUUCCAUU